AGAACACUGAUUCACGUUGUGAGGUCAUUGCUCUGGUUCAUGCUCCAUUGUUAACAAACAAAAGUACCUUUCUCUGUGUCUUUCAGAAUGGGCAGCAGCUGUACAGACACAUAUAUCUGGGCUGCAAAGAGGAAGACAACGUUCAGAAGAACUAUGAGCUCCUUUACACAUCGCUGGCUCUUAUCACCAUCGAACUAGCCAAUGAAGAGGUGGUCAUUGACCUCAUUCGAUUGGCCAUUGCUUUACAGGACAGUGCAAUUGUCAAUGAAGAUAACUUGUCAAUGUUUCAUCGCUGUGGAAUCAUGGCACUGGUUGCAGCAUAUCUCAACUUUGUGAGUCAGAUGAUAGCCGUUCCAGCAUUCUGCCAGCAUGCUAGCAAGGUGAGAGGCUUGGAAACGUUCUGAGACCUAAGUACUGUG